AAAUCAACACUCAACUUGGUACACUGACCUGGAGAUAAAUAUUAGAUAAAAUAAACGUAUCUUAGUAUAAACUUCAUUACUAUUCUGCAAACAGUACAAUAUUAAAAGUGUAUAAGGAAUAAGAUUAACGAAAUUAAGUGUACUUUAACAAUAUGGCUGCAAUCCGAGAAGCGAAAAUUAUAGACAGAGCUAUUGAGAUUCAAUUAGAAAAAGCUAAUUCUAUAAGAUUUGAAGAUUGUUGGCUUAGAGAUCAUUGCAGGUGUACUUCUUGUUACCACGCGGAUACGUUUCAACGGGCUAAGCAUAUUUUAGACAUUCCAGACUCGAAAAUUGUUUCAUUGAAAUAUAACGAGAAUCAAGUUAUAAUAACAUGGGAUGACGGUCACACAUCGAUUUUCGAAGCCGACUUUUUAGCGCAGUUCGAUUAUAAAAAGUGGAAUGAUGGACGUAAACUCAAACCCGUUCUCUGGCAUGGCGAUGAAGUUGCUACUAAAAUAACUAGAAUACAUGUCGAUAAGUUUCUUAAUACUAAGGACGGAGCCAGGAGCGUGUUUCAGUCGCUUCUAGACUAUGGAGUCGCCUUAAUAGAAGAGGUAAAUGCUACACUUGAAGAUACGGAAGUAGUCUGUAAAGCCUUAGGUGGUGUGCAACAUACUAUUUUCGGAGGCAUGUGGCAGUUUACGACGAGAGCAGAUCACGCCGAUACUGCUUAUACUAAUAUACCGCUUGCAUUGCACAAUGAUAGUACAUACUUCACGGAAUCGACUGGACUACAAAUUCUUCAUUGUCUCGAGCAUUCCAACGGAGAAGGUGGAGAUACUAUUUUAGUGGAUGGUUUUUACGGUGCAACUCGUUUAAGACAUGAAUUCCCUGAAGAUUACGCUUUUCUGACUAAAUUCAAUAUCGAAGCCGAAUAUAUAGAGGAGGGACAUCACCACAAAUUUUCAUCACCAGUUAUCAAAAUCGAUGCGAAAACGAAUGAUCCGGCGCAGAUCAGAUACAAUGUGUAUGACCGAUCGCCGAUGGCGUUUACCAGCAGUGAAGAUUGUAGAGCUUACUAUCGAUCCCUCAGGAACUUAGGGCGGUACUAUGAAGAUACGAAAAAUCAAUGGCAAUUCAAGUUGUGGCCAGGUACAGUGAUGGUAAUGGACAACUUUCGAGUACUCCAUGGAAGGACUGGGUUCACUGGCACGAGAGUAUUGGCCGGUAGCUACGUCUCGCGUUCUGACUGGCUGGAUAGAGCACGCGUGUUGGGUCUUAUCCAGUGAUCAAAUUUAAUGAAAUGUUCAUAUAAUUUCUAAUACAAAAUGGUGUGUCUUAGGUUUUACAAUCCCGCAGUCUUUUUUUACCAGCUAGAAAUUUCCGGUAACUUUACAACUACAGCCUGUUAUAAUUUCCGCAAGAGAACAGAGUGUUCAAUUUUUUGGAUUUCGAAUUAACUUUACCACUGUGUAAUUUAGUAGUUUUAGUGUCAAAAAGUAACAAAUAAUCUUUUAUUUAUACAUCUUUUAAAACUUUUAUUAUCUACUUAUAGCACUUCUUGCUAUUAAAUCUUUCAAAAAUUUUUUUAAAGGUUCAGAAGGUUUUUAAGUAUGUAAAUAUGUAUUGUAUAUCUUUUAAAAGUAUGUACUGAAUUUAGCAUAUAUUAUAAUACAAUAUUAGAUUACAAUAAAUUUAUUUUAUUUUUAUAUUCAUGGAAUUCGAUUUAACCAUGUUGAUUUUAUUUUUAAAUAUAUUGCUUACAUU